AUGUUUGAAAAUCCAAAGAGGCUCGGGGCAGAAUACGAUAUCUUUGUACAACAACCCCUUAGUAUUUGUGUUCCUACCGAACCUCAGAGAAUGGUCUCGAAUUCAACCGUUGUAGAGUCAGGUCCUGAAUCCCUAAGUACCCCUCACCUCGAACUCGUCAACGGCCAAGUCCCAUACCGUGACGCUGUUGUGUCAUGGAAAAUUCCAAAGGUUGAACUUUUGGGCGAGGAACGUUACAUCGACAGUUUCGAAUCCGAUUGCGUGACACAUGUGGCGCUGUUCGAAAAUGAGACUUCGCUUGAGAUAUUGAGUUUUACAAGGGUAAACGGCCGCGAAUUCGUUGGGUUCGAGAACAAGAACUAUCCAAAAAGCAGUAACAGCACAGACAUUAAUGCUGUUGAAGUGAGUCUCAAAAGACCACGGCCUAAUGAGCCUAUGGAGGUCUUUUGGCGGCCUGCUAGGGGCAUCAUCAUCCAGAGGCUUCGAGAAUGUAAGAAUCGUGAGGGUUACACUUCAGGACUUUGA